AAUGAAAAAAAAAACGGAGAGAGAAUAUAAGAAAACUGUCAACCAAAAAAUCCUCAAUUUUCCAAACAAAAUUCUUGUUCCAUUUUUCACCAUCAUCCUUAAAUGCUUCCUCCCUUUGUUCUCAUUAGAUUCUUCAAAUCUAGUAAAUGGUUUUUAUCUUAAAUAUUACCUUUGAUUAUUAUAUGAAAAAACAGAUAAAAACCCCAUUUCAAGAAUGGAUUCUUCAAUGAAAAACUGGUUUAAUGGCAGUUUUUGCCGUUUCCGGCAGCGUCGUUUUCGUCGCCAUGCAAGUCCACAAACACCUCCUUUCCAAAUUCAUGGACAAAAUCGAAUUCGAAAUCGGAAAUUCCACAGAGACGGUGGCAAAAGUGGAGCCGAAGAAGAAGGUUCGAUGGGCCGAUGACGUGGUGGAUUCGCCUGCGAAUCGGAGGGCUUGGGGAAAGGCGGCGGAAUCGGACGGUAAUAACGAUGAGAAUCUGGAGGCGUUGCCGGAAAUUUGGCAGGCUAUGUAUAGGGAGAUUUUGCAUGAAAGGCAUGUAUUAAAUUACUAGUACUUGUUUAAAAAUCAGGUUUUAAUAAUAAUAUUAAUAAUAAGUAUUAUUAUUAUUAUUAUUAUUAUUAUUAUUAUUAUUAUUAUUAUUAAUUAGAGAUGAGA